AUGUCCAGGAGGGAGAAUCAAGAUGUCCAGGACACCAACAUCCCAAGCAGCCCCGUCGCUAGCCCAGCGCCGCCGGCCGCCGCCGAUAAGCAUCCCCUCCAGGUGGCCAAGACCGUCGACGGCCAGGCCGUCCUCAAGAGGUCCUCAAUCCCCUCCCCUUCCUUUUCCCUCAUAAUCAUCAUCAUCGUCAUGAUCAUCUUCUUUCUUCUUCUUCUUCUUCUUCUUCUUCUUGGUUUCGCUCGAUCGUAGCUGACGGCUCGGAUUCGGUUUUAUUUAUAUUCCCACCCUGCGAUUAAAAAAUCCUUUGAAUAUGCUCUUGUUCGUUUUCCGAUGGAUUGCGGAAUUGGCUGUUCUGGGCGUGGGUUCCAUCUUGCCCUGAAAGGGAUCUGGUGUGUUUUCUGAUUUCUGAUCUGUUCUGCUCAACCAGGAGCACCGUCAUUAGGGCUCCAGCCUUGUAAUAUCACCCGUUCUGCGUCUAUGCCGAAUUCUAUGCCCAUGUAUGUCCUCUCUGGGAGGUUUUCUUUCCCCCCAUUUCGUCCAGAACUACGAGAUUGAAUCGAUUCCCAGGAGAUAUACAUCUUCUCCCCGGUUGACUCUUCGACCAGUUCUUACUUGCUGGGUUUUGCCUCAACUGAUUAAGCCUGGUUCAUCGGGGUUGCUGAUCUUCUUCUUCCUCUUAUUAUGCAUCUGUGGAAGAACAGGCUCCAAUCAGAGCUCAUGGCACUGAUGGUAAGUCGACUCAUCGCGAAUUAUUCCUGCUGAUAGAUUCAUUUCUCGCUCAAGCUGGAGCUAAUAAUCGUUGCUUCGUUCCCGAGGUCUAGAUGUGUGGCGAUGCCGGCAUAUCUGCUUUUCCAGAAGCGGAGAGCAUCGCCUGCUGGAAGGGGACGAUCAGUGGAUCCAGAGACACGGUGUAUGAAGGCACCACCUACAAGCUCUCCCUCAUCUUCCCCAAAGACUACCCCUUCAAGCCCCCCAAAGUGAAGUUCGACACCCCCUGCUUUCACCCCAAUAUCGAUGUCUACGGUAACAUCUGCUUGGACAUCCUCCAGGUACCUCCCUCCCUCUCUCUCUCUCCUUCUCUCCCUCUCUCUCUCUAGAAUGUCUAUGCGUAUGAUGAAGUUGCUUAGAAGCUUGAAUCAUGAUGGGGUGGAAUGCCCUUCCGAUUGGUAUGAAGGCUGGUUGGAUGAUAGUUCUCUGGGUUGACUUUCUGAUCACAUCAUCUGGGCAACUUUCUGAGAUGCAUAGAAUGUUUUAAAUCAUGAAGGUUGGAUGAUAAUUCUCUGGGUUGACUUUCCAACCUUUGAAGAAUCAAGGCCUGAUCUUACCAUCGGGGCAAAUUCUGGAGAGAUAUAUAGAAGUCUUAUCUCCCUUUGGGUGUCUUCUCCUGUGAAAUUUCUUAGAAGCUUGAAUAAUGAUGGGAGUAGAAUACUCUUCCGAUUUAUAUGAAGGUUGGAUCAUAGUGCUCUGGGUUGACUUUCUCACCCUUCAAGAAUCAGGACCUGAUCAUAUCAUCUGGACAACUUCCUGAUGUGCAUAGAACGUCUUAAAUCAUGAAGGUCGGAUGAUAGUUCUCCGGGUUGACUUUCUUACCCUGGUAAGAAUCAAUACCUGAUCAUAUCAUCUGGGCAACUUCCUAAGAGAUGCAUAGAACGUCCAUCUCCCUUUGGGAGUCUUUCCCUGUGAAAUUGGUUAGAAGCUUAAAGCAUGAUGGGGGGUGGAAUGCCAUUUCGAUUGGUAUGAAGGUUGAAUGAUAAUUCUCUGGGUUGACUUUCUGACCCUCCUGAUCAUAUCAUCUGGGCAACUUCCUGAGAGAUCUACAUAGAGCGUCUUAUCUUCCUUUGUGGCGUCUUUCCCUGGUUUGCUGAUUCUGUGGACUCUCGGGGGGGUCUUUUCAGGACAAAUGGUCGUCGGCGUAUGAUGUGAGAACCAUACUGCUCUCCAUUCAGAGCCUCCUCGGAGGUAGUAUCUGAGGCAACUUUCCUCCUCCUCCUCCUCCUCCUCCUCCUCCUCAAAUCUUGUCUGAGUUCCACUUUAAUGGUUUCUGCAGAACCCAACAAUGAGUCUCCUCUCAACCCUCAAGCGGCCGCGCUUUGGUCUAACCAAGAAGGUAUCUACCCCUACUCUCUCUAUCUCUCUUCCCUUCUCUCUCUCUCCUCUCCCCCAUCUAUUUAUUCAUUCUUAGUGAAAAUGACUUUUUAGCCCCCGUAUGGUGGUGGGUUCGCUUCCAUUGAUGGAAAUCAUCUACACGAUAUGAUCUCUCUCUCUCUCUCUUUCUCUCUCUCUCUCUCUCUCUCUCUCUCUCUCCUCUCCCCCUAUCUAUCUAGCUAUCUAUCUAAUUAUUCCUUCUUUUAGUGAAAAUGACUUCUUAGCCUCCGUAUGGUGAUGGGUUAGCUUCCAUUGAUGGGAAUCAUCUGUCUCUCUCUCUGUCUGUCUGUCUGUCUCUCUCUCUCUAUCGCUUUAUCUAUGUAUAUAUUAUAUAUUUAAGGGUUUUUUUUGGGGGGUUGAGAAGAAUUGAUUAUAUGACUUGAUAGCAUCCUCAUCGUCCCUCGCUUGGCAGAGUUCAGGAAGAUGGUAAUGAAGCUUUUCAGGCCGUCCCCGUGA